AUGAGUUGGUGGCGAUCGGGAUUCGUCGGCGCUGCAAGGAGGAAAUUGGAGGAUGGCAAUCCAUCACGGAAGUACCAGAAAUUCGCUCUAAUAAUCGGAGUCACCGGCAUCGUUGGGAACAGCCUCGCCGAGAUCCUACCACUCCACGACACCCCCGAAGGUCCCUGGAAAGUCUACGGAGUUGCUCGCCGCCCACGACCAUCGUGGAACGACGAUUACCCUAUAGACUAUAUCCAAUGCGACGUUAGCGAUCCUGAACAAACCCAAUCCAAACUCUCGACCCUAACAGACCUCACUCAUCUUUUCUACGUCACAUGGGCCAAUUGCGAAACCGAGUCCGAAAACUGCGACAUCAAUGGCAAGAUGUUCACCAAUGUCCUUAAUGCUGUAAUCCCGAACGCCCCAAAUUUACAACAUAUUUGCUUGCAAACUGGUCGUAAGCAUUACAUCGGAUCACUAGAAGCCAUUAUGGCGAAAAAAUUCGUUCACGAUCCACCUUUUCACGAAGAUCUUCCCCGACUCGAUUCCCCUAAUUUCUACUACACACUCGAAGACAUCCUCUUCAAAGAAGUCGAAAAGAAGGAAGGACUAACAUGGUCCAUCCAUCGACCCGGGGUCAUUUUCGGGUUUUCACCCAACAGUAUGAUGAACAUUCUACUAGGUCUAUGCGCCUACGCAUCAAUUUGCAAACACGAAGGUCAACCACUGACGUUUCCAGGAACCAAAGAAGCAUGGAACAGCUUCACCGACGCUUCGGAUGCCGAUCUGAUCGCCGAGCACCAAAUCUGGGCGGCGGUCGAUCCGAUCGCAAAGAACGAAGCGUUUAACAUCAGUAACGGGGACGUUUUCAAGUGGAAGCAUUUGUGGAAGAUUCUGGCGGAGCAAUUCGAGGUCGAAAACGGCGGGUUUCGGGAAGACGGAGAGAAGAAAAGCUUGGGGGAGAUGAUGAAAGAUAAAGGGGGUGUUUGGGAUGAGAUAGUGAAGGAGAAGGGCCUUUUGGUAAAUAAGUUAGAGGAGGUUGGAAAGUGGUGGUUUGUGGAUGUUGUUCUAAGUAAUGAAGGGAUGUUGGAUAUAAUGAAUAAGAGCAAAGAACAUGGAUUUUUAGGGUUUAGAAAUACAAAAUCAUGCUUUGUUUCUUGGAUUGAUAAGAUUAAGUGUUCCAAGAUUGUGCCCUAGAUGUGGUUUCAGUCGUUUUGAAGCGAAUGACAAUAACUGUUGUCUUAUAUCUGUUAGAUUGCUAUAUCAACUAGAUUUGAACUGUUUCUG